AUGGUCGCAAUAUCUUUGUUAACAUACAAACUACUGGCGCUCUCAUGGAUUACGGCUCAGAGACAGUUAAUCCAUGACAGGACGGCAUCACGUGAGACGUGGGAUAAUACGUACGACUUUAUAGUAGUAGGCGCCGGGGCUGCCGGUGCUGUGGUGGCCAACAAACUCAGUGAAUGCAAGUCAGUGCGUGUGCUAUUACUAGAGGCUGGAGGUGCUCAAAGUGCUAUUUAUAACGACAUACCCGGUAUGGAUAGCUACAUUUACCCCAAUGGUAUCAAUUACUGGAACUAUUAUUCGGAACCCAGACCUAAUUAUGGACAAAAAUACCCUGGGGGGCGGGUUAGGGAACCCAAAGGUAAAACAUUGGGAGGCAGUACUACACAUAAUGGGAUGAUCUAUAAUCGGGGUAAUCGUCGGGAUUAUGACGAGUGGGUCAAUACAUACGGUGCUGUCGGUUGGAGUUAUAAGGAUUUGUUGCCAGUGUUUAAGGAAUGGGAGAAUAAUACCGAUCCGUCUGUUGUCGAGAGUAAUCCCGGAUAUCACGGAACUCGUGGACCAAUACAAGUGUCAUCGCCUAAAAGUCCAGAUAAAAUAUUUGAUGUAAUAUAUGAAGCAUUAAAUGGAUUGGGAUAUAGUUAUACGGAUAUCAAUGGUGCGAAUCAAGAGGGAUAUACGUUAACCCAGGCUUUCAUUAAUGGACAGGGGUUUAGGUCGGGAACGGGUAAUGCAUUCGUGGACCCGAAUCCACACGAAGACAAUCUGCAUAUCGUUUGCAAAGCAUUGGUCUCAAGAAUACUAUUCAAUGGGUUGACAGCUAUUGGAGUGGAGUUUAUUAGGAAUGAUAUCGAGUAUAGAGUUUACGCUAACAAAGAGGUUAUCGUUUCCGGCGGUCCCAUAAAUAGCCCACAAUUAUUAAUGUUGUCGGGUGUGGGUCCCAGAGAUCACUUACAAAGUCUAGGAAUUCAAGUCUUAUUGGAUCUACCGGUUGGUGACAAUUAUCUCAAUAAACCAACUGUUACGUUAACUCCAAGAAUUAAACCCGAGUACUUGUAUCUCACAAAUGAAAUUACGAAUAUAAACAUAAAACAAUUAAGUGAAUUGUACUAUGAGCAAGGUGGUGUACUCGCACAACACCCUGAAGUUGCAUUAUUUUUUAGCACACAAAGCAACAAGGACAAACAAUGGCCUAAUAUUAACCUUAUUUAUAGAAUAGUGAAUGGUACAAUAUAUAGCACAGCUUAUUUGGUUCGUUUCAAAAGUCGUGGGACAGUUCGCCUACAAUCAACUGAUCCCAGGGUUCACCCAAUACUGAACCCAAACUGGUUUUCCCAUCCGGAAGAU